AUGUGGAGGCGAGAAGGAACCCCAGCUUUAGCUCAAGCCCUUCGAAGCAUCAAGGCGGCUACCGCUGCUCGUUCGCCCCAGCGGCGAGGUGCAAUACUGUGCGGUCACCAUAGGACUCUGUGCAGUGCUAUAGAUGGACAGCCUGGCAGCAGCAGCAGCAGCAGCAACAGCAGCAGGGCCCCUAUUGGCCCUGGUAAGGCCCCCGAGGAAGACAAGAGUGAGACGUCAAGGGGGAACGACAAGAGUGGAACAGCAGCACCGGGUGCUGCUGAUACGAGCAGUUUAAAGAACACUUCACUCCCUGCAGAGACGAAAGCAGAAACGAAGGUUACAGGGGGGUCGCCCCUUGCUGCUGCAACAAGUGAAGGGGGUAAACCGACGGCCCCCAACUGGGGCUUUGCACCCAUCCCCUUUGUGGCUUCUGGGCGGUCGAUGCCUGGUCAGCGGCUGCUGCCGUGCACUCGCGAGGAUGCGGCUAUACUGGCGAAGGCGGAGGCGAAGUAUCCAUCUCCCCAGGAGGUGGAAGGUGGAAUAAUUGUGCGUAUUAUUGCAGCUAAAGAUGCACAGAAAGUGACCUCUCCAGUCUUGAGGGUCGUGAGGAACCGUCAGUACGGCAUCCGCAAGGGAGAGAGGCUACGGCUAGCGCUGGGGGGGGCCUUCUUCAGUGGUGUGUUGGCAGCUCUCGGCUUCUGGCAGCUGCAGCGCAUGCACGAAAAGCAAGAGGUCAUAGAGUACAGGAGGAGCCACCUCGCCAGGCAGCCCACAGUCAUCACUGCCUCCCCCUUCCCCUGGACCCUGGACGCAGCCGCCAACGCCAGUUCGCGCGCAGGCAAACAGGAAGAGGGCCUCGCAACAGAAAGCAGCAGCACAACAGCAGAAGCAAGUUCUGAACCGACGGCUGCAGCAUCUCUCACUAGCAAGACUUCCCCGUCUUCCUCAUCAGCGCAAGGCGCUGCAGCGGCAGAGCGCCAGCGCACGGACGCCUCAGCUGCUGUUCCUGAGCAUUCUGCUGCCGCGCUACCGGAGCGGCCGCAGGAGAACGAAAGGGAGGUGAAAGCAGCACAGAGAAAGACACAACGCAGCGGGCGACUGCUUGCCGAAGCUUCCGUGGAGGAUGUGGAGAAGGCAGUGAGAGAGUGGGCAUACACCCCAGUUGUGCUUCAUGGGGUCUUAGACAGCAGCACGGAGCUGCUCGUGGGGCCUCGGCCAGGACUGGAAAUGGGGAAUCCCGGAUACUGCGUGGUGUCGCCGCUGCGGCUUGAGGACGGCAGCGUCAUUCUGGUUAACAAGGGGCACUUGCCUUUCAAGCUCGCCCGCCUGCCCCCUUUCCCCAGCGCAGUCGACGAAGAAACUGAAUUCUACACAGUGAGGCAGCGGCAGCCGCCGCAGCAUCAGAACGUGGCAGAAGAGCAGCAUGUGGAUGCACAGCUGGGAACGAUGCAGCAGCAGCGUGGGAAGCAGAAGUACGUGCACUACGGCGCACAGCAGUAUGCGGAGCGUCUACAACAAGUGGCAGGCAGCCGGAUGGAGCCCGUGGGCUCUGUGACAGUGCGAGGAGUACUAGAGCCUGGGGAGGUGGCGAAUUCAAGUUUCAAGAUGUUGAUGCUGAAGAACAGGCCUCACGAUGGUCAGUUCACUGUGCUGCAUCCAGGGGACCUGGUGGAGGCUACGCCUGGUAUCCCAAAUAGAAGAGAGGCGGCACUCCUGAUGGUUAACGCCUACUCAAUCGUGUACGAUGAAGAUGUACUGCACCCACCGAGCGGCGGGGGAGGGGAGCUGAAGGUGGCGAAUAGGUUUAUUAGCUACGAACAAAAGAAAAAAGAUGACUACCUAUUGUUCUACGCUGACGAGCACACGCAUUUCAACUAUGCUUGUCAGUGGUUCCUAAUGGGACUCUGCACCGCAGCAAUGACUGUUUAUAAAAUUAUAGAGGUGUCCAAGUGGCGAUGGUAG